UGCUCUCACUGUUUAAGCUAAACCUGCACACUGCGCUCGACGGUUUUACACCGGCUCUGGAUUUUGCACACUUAAGUCGUCUUUCAAAAAACAACUGUGCAGUGUGAAUGAGAAUGCUAGAAACAGAAACCGAAAGGGGCGCGUCAAGAUUCAAAACAAACUGUUGUGCAGAAAUGCUCCUCUUUGCAACCUUCGCGUUUCUUGUAGAUUUAUCCUGGGCUCUUCCAACGGACAUUAUUAUUCAAUUCGAGCGCAGUGUUUUGCCAAACGGGACAGUCGUGGAGAGGAUCCUUGUCAGUGAUGCAAAUUUAAAGGGACAGUUUGUCAAGCAACCAGUUGUCAGAACCAUUCAAGAUGAAGUCCUGAAGAUGAUGGUGGAGAAUGACCAUGAAACAGCAAGCUAUGGCACAUAUAUACGUUUGAGGGAAUGUAAGCUGCGAGGAUAUCAAGUCCUGCAGCUGUCCGACCGGUUUCAGCUCAAUGGCAAAGAUUAUCUGACUUUAGAUUCAGACAGUGAUUCAUGGACAGUGAUGCCGGAGGCGCGUGAUCUAAAGCAGACAUGGACACUUAAGGCCGAGCAUGCGAGUCUAGAGAAAAUCCACCUGAAAGAAGAAUGUGAGGAAUUCAUUAAACAGAUAAAUGAUGCCCAGAAUCAAGAAGGGCUUGGUGUGUUAAGAGUGAUGGUUCCAGUUCUCGCCACUUUUCUCUUCAUCGGAUUUGUUUUUAUGAGCCUCCUUAUCUUCAAGCGACACGGUCAUCAGCCAGGAGGUGUUUUAGGCUCAGUUAUUCACUAUCCAGCCCAUCAUCUUGAAGUACCAUUGAAUGAACCGAGUCAAAAGGACGUCUCUCAAGUGCCAAUGCUGAAGGCAUAGCAAUCACCUAACCUGCCC